AUGGGAUGUACACCAGCAGCGACCCAAUUGUAUCCUGGAAACCUCAUCUUCAAUGCUCAGCAGCAGACCUUCGAUAUCAAGGCUACAGUCGACGGUUGCCACCUUGAUGUCAAGGGAAUGACAUUCUCCAGACCUACUUCGACUGGGCUUAAGUCCAAGUACUACAUUGCUAUCGGUUAUGACAAGACUGACCUUGAGCUCCAGGUCAAGGCAUGUGCGGAUACUCCGGUUACUAUUCAAGACUUCAAAGAACCUUUAUUGUAUGCCUAUGGUACGGGAGCGGAUAAGAGAAACACCAUAAGUCCGGAUUGGGGCAAGACCCCGAGUGUGUUCUACCAUAAGGAUAGAUAA